AUGUACUACUACUGCAACCGCGCCACCGGGGAGGCGCAAUGGGAAAACCCCGCACCCCAGCAAACCACCAGCGAUCGCGGGCCUCCACCCCCGUACUCGCCGACGCUGGAAGCGCAGCAGCACGGCAAAAGUUUCGCCUACAACGGCAACACCAGCGGCGCAGCCGCCGCCGCCGCCGCCGCCACCGCCGCGGGUAGCCCGCCUCCUUACUCCUGGGGAGCCAGCCAAGAGUCUCCCGCCGCCACCGCCGCUGCCAUCGCUAUGGCUGGUGCGGGCGCAGAACCACGGGCGGCGGCACCGGCGGCGGCACCAGCACCGGUGGCGGCGGCGGCGGCGGCGGCGGCGGGAGCGACGAGAGUGGUGGUAUCGGAGCGGCCGCCCUCCACGGAGAAGGAGGGCUCCGCGCUGCGGGACGCCCUCCGCAGGAGGCAGGAGUCGUUCCGGCGGCUGGAGGACGUGCGGGCGGGGGCGCGCGCGCGACUGGCGGCGCUCAAGGCUGAGACCGAGGCCCGACGGGCGGCGAAGUCGGCGCUCAAGGCGAAGGGGGACGACGGCGUCAAGGUCCCGCCCGCGCCGAGCAUGGACGCGCCGAAGGCGGCGGCGGCUGACGACGGGGGCGGGGGCAACGUCAACCCCGCCACGGGGUCUUCGAGGAUAGCGAUUGCCUCGAGAGGCUCGGCGCUACCUGACUCCUCGGCGAAGCUGCAUGACGUGGACGGCUUCAAGGCUCUCUUGAGGGAGACCGUCAAGGUUCGCAGUGUCAAGAGCUUCGGCAGCAGCGGCAGCAGCGGCAGCGCCGCCGCCGCCGCCGCCGCGGCGAAACUGAAAGAUGUGGAAGGAUUCAAGGCCCUGCUGCGAGAGUCUGCCAAGGCCCGCGGAGUCGAGGACGAGGAGGACGAGGAGGGGGAGGAAGUGCAGCAUGGCUGGGACGAGGUGGAUUUGUCGGGCAAAGGAGUUCGUGACGAGAUUUCCGCCAUCAUGUCCUUGGGAACCACGGCGAAGAACGACAACCGGGAUCCCACCAUCGGAGCCGCACCGGCUCUCUCGGCUGCUGCCACCACAAGAGAGGGAGGGGGCCCCGCAGGACGAACCGGACAAGACCGCCGCGCGUCGGCAACAGAGGGGGGGGCGGACGUCGAUGGUGGCAUCACGAGUGCUAGUGCUGCUAGCACGGCACCCCCUGUCGGAGUCAGCAACGACGGCGGCAACGACAGCGGUGGCGGCGGCGGCGGCGGCGGCGGCGGCGACGGGAAGCCGCAGCCCCGCCCGUCUCUGUCCCUGGACAGCCUAACCGAGGCAUUGGGGUGCGCGAUCGACAUCGCGCAGGUCACCGACGAGGAGGCCGGGACCGAGUCCGAUUCCUCUGCCGGCGGGCGGGAGAGCGACCUCGCCUCCUCGCCGCAGGCGUCGCCCCCCUCCGUCGUACUGCGGGAUGAAGCAGCGCGACCACCCCCUGCCCGGGGGCAGGCGGCGGCAGCGGCACCGACGGGAGUAGGGGGGGCCGGCGCACGCGGCCGGAAGAGGACACCGGGGACCCCGGCCGACCCCCCGAGCGGCGGGCCUCGUACGCCGCCGCCUCCCUACCAAGAAGGCGGUGGCGAGAGCGCCGCCGCCGCCGCUGCCGCCGCCGCGCAAGGUUCGCCGCCAGCGGCAGCAGGGGCAGCGUCGAGCGCCAUCACCGCGGCAGCAGCAGCGGUGUCGGCGUUUUUCGACGCCGACUCUUUGUCCGACGAUCCGGCGGCGGCUCUGAGCAACGCCUCCAGGAGGGUUUCCAGGCUGCGGGAGCUGCUGGGCUCGGUUGGGGAGGCGGACGCCUGGUCGAGGCUGCUGAGCGCGGACGGCCACCUGGGGUGUCGUCGCCUCGCGGGCCUCGCCUUCGCCGGCUACUCGGCGGCCGCGGCGGUGGCGGCGGCGGCGGCGGCUGCGGAGCCGCAGGCUUCGACCGCUGCCGCUCCCGCUCCCGCUCCCGGGGUCGAUACCAGACGGUGCCGCCUCCUGUGCGCCGGCGCGCUGGAGUGCCUGGCGAUCUGCGGGAAGAUCAGUCCCGGGAUGUGGGCUGACCUGUCCAAACCCGACCAGAGCGAGGAGAACGGCGGGGAAUCCAACAGGCUGGCGCGGCUGCUCUCCCUCUGCGUGGCCCUGUCCGGAAGCCACGAGGCGGCCGCGGCGGCGGCGGCGAGGACGGGGCUGAACGAGCACGAGUAUUUCUUCGGGAAGGGGAGCGGGGGACAGGGGACGGGGGGAGAGGACGAGAGGCAGGAGCGAGAACCAGACCUGCCUGCGGUGGGCCUGACCUUGAUCUACGAGAUCCUGACGGGCGUUUGCAAGGGUCGAGUCGAAGCCUUUCGAUGCUGGAGUGGCAUGUCGAACUUGGUGGAGUCGCUGCUGGGGUUGAUCGCCAACCAGGACAGAGAGGAGGGAAGCUACAUGGGGGCCACUCGGUGCCUCCUUGCCGCGAAUCACCCUUUCCUGCGGCAUCGCUCGCCGCAAGCAACACGCGCAGCAGCAGAUCCAGCGACGGCGGUGGAAGUGGACGGCGACAACGCGGCGGCGUCCGCGGUACUUCCGGCGCUGUUGGACCACCUCGCGAGACACGAGGUGCAAGGAGCAGUGUUGCACAUCUUUAACGAAGAAGGUUACCCCAACGGAGACGCCGAGCUGGCCAGGCUGUGCUCGGUGUUUUGCUCGGACGCCUUCGAGAAGGACCGCCGUGAGGACCUCUUCUACGUCAACGACGUCAAGGUGAUGGUUGACAUCAUCCUGCGGGAGCUGUACAACUUGCCCGCGGACGACGGCCUGAGGGCCGACUACCUUGAGCUGCUCAGGAGCCUAUUACUACUGUCGGGGGGCACCGCGUGCUCGCGGGGGGGGGGGAGGGGGGCGGGAAGGGGGUUGGUAGGUUGGUUGGUUGUGGUCGAGAUGAUGCAUGGCGGUGGUCUCCAGACCGGUAGUAGGGACAGUUAAGUCGUGUAGGUAUGUUCACAGGGCCUGCCCGUUUGUGGUUUGAAAUCGUGGUCUGCGCACGCGACUUUUUUGUGGAAAAAACCUUGAUGCAGCAUCGUAUUUAAUUGCGUUAUGUAUGUGCCAAGGCGAGAGGAGCAGAAGAGAGGGGACGGGAACGUGGAGUACUGUUUGUAGUUGAUGAUGCAGAGCAUGGUCCUUGGCCUUCCUUCUUGUUUUUUUGCUCUUCAUUGGCGUUGUUCCGAGGGUGAGAAUCAUGGUAAGUGUGUGUGUUGUUUUGAUUUUCUCUCUCUCGCUAAUUAAUAUCUCCGCUGUGCCGUACAAGUAGGCGUUUUGUUUUCGCCUGAAGAACGGAGUUUGGCCUGGCCUCGUGCAAUGCACACACGGCGUUAGUUUUUCCCCGUUUUUUUUUUUUCGUGUACAUCAUCCGUUUGUGUUUCCGUUUUGUUUCGCAUCCUAACUGGCACUACUGCUGCUGUACAGCUGUCUCUCAUUCUCUAGACAACGGCCGUAGCACCUGUGGGGCCU